GGAAAGCUUAGCUUAGUCAACCCCACAAUGUUCUGCUCUUACUCAUCGACUUCUACUUCUCUCCAUAUCAAUCGAUGGUUGUGAAAUCUCAGCUCCAGAAGAGAUUUUUAUCCAAUCCUCUCUUCGCAGUAGUUGGUGCAUCAAAGAUUGAAAGUAAAUCCGGAACGAAGGUGCUAAGAUGGUACAAAAAUCGUGUUUUCAAGGUUCAGCCAAUUCACCCAAGAGAGGUCGAGUUAGAAGGUAUCAGGACGAUCAAAUCUUUGGAAGGCUUGCCUUUACCAUCGAGCACGUCUGUGAGCAUCAUUACCCCGCCACCGGUUACCCUGAACAUACUGAAGCAAGCCAAAGCGCUCGGUGUCCCUUAUCUCUGGUUGCAACCCGGCGCUGAAGACGCCAGCGUAAUCAAUUUCAUCGAAGAGAACGCUCUGAAUGUGAUCUACGGUGGACCGUGUAUCCUGCGCGACGGAGACGAAAUCCGGCAUGAACUUCGUAAUAUAUGAAUACCGUGUAUGUAUGUGGCGUUGCGGGCAGUCAUCGUUUUUUCCAUCCAAGUAUUUUACUUCCGCUAAUUAAGAAAGCCUAGUACCUACCUCCUGUCGACAUCACUACCAGUUAAAGCGUUUCCUUAAUGAGCAUCCGCCCGAGACAGUUGACUGACUGCCUCGCCCUUCGAUGCAUUGACGUCGAAAACACAACUCAACCGUAUUCCUCAUGCGCUUGACAAUGGUACUUCCUAGUCUACCAAAGAUACCAGGCACUGCGUUUGCCGUUGUAAACACGCCCCAAAGGGAUCUUGAUGCAUUUAAGUCUCGACAACUGUUGCGGGACCCUAGUGCAUAUUGUGUUUCCGUUCUUGUUGCUGUA